CCACAUAUUACUGAAUAUUAAGGAAGGCACAGUCCGUGGACUGCUUUCUGACUCAGCCGUGGGAUUAAAGCGACUCUGCAGCUGUUAAGGAAGAAAGUAAGUGAUUUCUGAUCUAUUCUCCAGAGUUUAGCAGAAUAAAUUAAGCCUAACGUAAGCAUUCCUAAUGGCUAACGAGGCUCAGCCUUGCCCGUGCGACAUUGGGCAUAAGAUCGAAUAUGGAGGCCUGGGAUGUGAGGUGCAAAUUGAGCACAUCAAAGCUUAUGUUAGCCAACCACCAUCCAACACAGACAAAGCUGUGAUUGUUGUUCAAGAUAUUUUUGGCUGGCAGAUGCCCAACACCAGAUAUAUGGUUGAUAUGAUUGCAGCCAAUGGAUACACAGCAAUCUGCCCAGACUUCUUUGUAGGAAAAGAACCUUGGCACCCAUCUGAUGACUGGUCUACCUUCCAAGAAUGGAUGAAAACAAGAAAUCCUAGAAAUACUGAUAAAGAGGCCAAUGUUGUUCUUAAUUAUCUGAAAGAAAAGUGUCAUGCCCAGAAAAUUGGUAUUGUUGGAUUCUGUUGGGGUGGAAUUGUUGUACAUGACUUAAUGAUGAAAUAUCGAGAAUUAAAAGCGGGUGUCUCAGUCUAUGGCAUUAUCAGAGAUUCUGAAGAUGUAUAUAGUUUGAAGAAUCCUACACUCUUUAUUUUUGCAGAGAAUGAUGCUGUAAUUCCUCUUGAACAAGUCACUCUGCUGACACAGAAGCUUAAACAACAUUGCAAAGUUGAUUAUCAAGUUAAAAUAUUUCCUGGGCAAACUCAUGGAUUUGUGCAUCGCCAGAGAGAAGAUUGGAAUCCUAAAGAUAAACCAUAUAUUGAAGAAGCAAGAAAGGAUCUAAUCAACUGGCUAAACAAGUAUAUUUAGCCAGUAGUAAAGACAGCUUUUUCAAAUUACUUUCUUCCAAAAUUGAAUUCUUUACAAUUGAUUUUCAAAAAUCUGGUGGCUAUAAAUACAAAUUUUACCUUUCAAAAUUAUAUGCCUCGUUUAUUCAUUUAAUUAUUAUUUUCUUCAUUUUUAUAUAAUAAACAUAGCAGGAAAAAAUAGAAAAAUGACUCUCUUUUAUACAAGGAUAUCAUUUCUUCUUUGCAGUUAACUUAAAACUGUAUAUUAAAAAGAAAGCAGCCUAUUACAUGAAAAUUAUCACCCAAAGGUAUUUAUGUAAGAGAAUGUUUGAUUUGUAGAACUUUUGAGUAACAAUGUGAAGUGACAAACUUUUUAGGAGAUCCUGAACAGGAUCAACCUGCCUGUGUAUAAAUUUAUCAUGACCUUUCAACUGUUAUUGCCUUGCUUAUAGCAUUUUUUUUUUUUUUUACGUAAUUCAUAUUUACAAAAAGCUUUUUAAAAAACCAUAGAUCUCAUAGCUAUGCAAGGAGUUAUGACAGUUUCUAUAAAUUUCUGGGUAACCAGAUGCUGUUGAAUAUACUAAUAUUCUGUACUUUGGGCCUCAUGUCAGAGAAAUGAGUGAGUGCAUUGCUAGAACAUCACAUCACUGGAAAUUUAGUGGGUGGAGAAGGAAAUGGCAGAUGAAUCCACUUUAUGAAAUGAUCUUAGCUUGCAAACAAUCCAUUUACAAUCUUGAUGAAAAUUAAGUUUAUUAUGAUAAUCAUCCAGGACCAUGCCUUUUGAUUGUUACAAAUAGACAUCUGUGAAAAAAAAAAAAAAAAACUGAAACAUACUCAGAACAGACUAAAAUAUAGUUUUAAAACAAAAUUUUAUGCCAAUUUUGUGAAUUACCUAUUUUUGCAUAUUUAAUGAAUUCUGAAGAUUUGGGGGGCUAAUCAUUUUUCAGUCUAGGACUUCAAUAACCUUCAUCUAGAUAUUUAAGUGUUCAAUGUGUACACUUGCAUUUACUUAUAUGAAAACCUUUAUUCUCAAAACUCUUAUCUGCCUUGUAAUUUAAUUUUAAUAACCACACACAGGUAAGCAGAAGCAUUCGUAUUUCACAGAUGUGUAAAUUUAAGCUGUGUGUGUGCAUGAGUGUGCAUGUAUGCAUAAAAUCAGCUGAUGGUCGUCACAAGUGAAGGAAACAAUUAUGAUCCUGCCCAAUGCUCUUCUGCCUAUACUUUUGGUUCCUGAAUGCUAGAGUUUUCCUAAAUAUGUAUACUCUUACCUCCUCCGCUUUGAGUGCUAGAGAAGUAAAGAAAGAGGAAGGGAAAUAAAGGUAGAGGAUUCCCAAGUCUGGAGUCAAGAGGCCUGAUAGGAAAGGCUUCUUUGGAUAGUAAAUACAAACAAAAGUAGUUUGAAAACUAUGAACUAUACCAUUAAGUUUUAACCAAAUGAAUAUUGUUUUAUAUUUUUUCCCCAACAGUAUAUAAUCUAUGCCCAUUUAUCUAAUUCCCUCAUUAACAGUAGCCCCACUGUAGGACCAUUUUUUUACUGUCUCACAAUUCAAUGUAAAAUAUAUUUCACUUUCCUUUGUCUUCCAUUUUUCAUUUUCACAAAUUUUCAUUUAAAUGAUGUUAUAAGUAAUAAACUACUCUUAAAACUUGAUGAGAAACAGAUAAAAGAUCUAAUUUAAGAGAGAUCUCUUUAAUAUAACAAAUACAAAAUCUCUAUGUCAAUCUCUCAACAAAUAGUUUUUGAUACAAGCUAUGGUUGUUAAACAGCUAAUUUAUUGUCUUUAGUAUAUAGCAAUUACAGUGUCAAAAAAGGGAAAAAAUAAUAAAUAGCUGUGAUUGCAA